AUGUCUUCCAAAACACGUUCAUCGAUGGAGAGUUUGUUUAUUCUCUUGUUAACCUCAACCUUCGCCGGGUUAUCAGAUUUGCGUACAAAUACGUUUCCAAUUCUCGUCGACGCUAAAGAUGUAGAGAAAGUCCCAGAACUUGAUCUCUCCAAAAUGAUCAACGAGAAUGUGUAUUCGAAAAUAUUUGUCCGAAAACGUGAAGAACACAAACUGCUGGUAAAUCACCUUCAAUCCAUCGACGAUUAUGGGAAACGCUACAAGCUGAUGAAAGUAGGAGUUGAUGAAAUCAUUCGAAUAAUCCGUGAAGAGGGAGGUAAACUGCGUGGGAACCAAAUCACAUCGGAGUCGGAGUUUCCCAAACUUCAGGAACUGAUCAAUGCGCUCGCUCUGUUCCUCGAGAACACAUGUCUGUUCGGUGAAAUUGUGUUACACUUUCCCGAUAUGUCCUAUCGUAUACUAAAGAGUGUUUCCGAUUGGCGCACUCUAAUGACAGACGCGUUGAACUACAGCAAAGCGUUCGUACAGAUUCUGGACGACAAAUCCAUCGAAUUGCUCAGCUUGCUCAAUCAAGAGAUCAAUGAAGACCAGCGAACACCAGAUUACAUCAAUCCAUACCGGGAAACUGCUCCAUCGACCGAAUCGUCGAAGGACAAGCAAAAGAAAAAAUCCAAACCAAAAAAAGGACCCGCACUGUCACCAGCGAAGACAGAAUUAUAA